CCAAAAACUGAAACAGAUCAAAAACCCUAAUGUUACUCUCGCUCGACUCCUUCAUUCUGAACUCACCCCAAACAGAUCUCCUCCCAAACUCGACCUCCUCCUCCAUUCUCUAGCUCAGACCCGGACCCAGCCUCCUCCGCCUUUCUCCGCAUCCGCAUCCGCCUCCGCCUCCGCCUCCGACCCCAACCCUAACCCCCUCCUCCUUUCUCCUUCUUCGUCUCAGAAACAAUGAACGCGAAGAACACCCCCACAGAGACCACCGGCGAGUCUCGAUUCCUGGGAACCAUCUCCGCCUCAUCGAUUCGAAACCUCCACCCCAGAUCUAUCUCAACCAAGCACGGAAAAUCCUUCUUCAGCCCCAAAAUUGCCGCACCAAACGCCGAAAAAGCCCCUUUCACCUAACCCUUACAUCCAAGCUGACCACGAUUCAGCUUUCGCUACCAAGCCGCUACCAGUACCGUUCGAUUUGCCCAAAUCUAUGACCUCUGCCGCUCAGAACAUUCCGGUGAAGGUUUGUUCCGUACUUCAUUCAGCCUGGAUGUUGAUGUUGCAUGAUGAAGACUUGAAAGGAUUACUAAUUCAAAGAACACAGUCAUAGGUUGUGGACUGUUUGGUACAGUUUUUCAUGAUUGAUCUCUGUCGAGUUGUUGGGUUGUGCGAGUUGUUUGAAGGUACUUAUGCAUGCCCAGGUGGAAAGUUCUAUUGUCGAAAUGUGGGUCACGCUCCUCUCCAGCUAUUUUCAUCCAGAGUCAAUGAUGGUAUUUGUGACUGCUGUGAUGGGAGUGAUGAAUAUGAUGGUAAAGUAAAUUGCCCAAAUACAUGUUGGGAGGCUGGGAAAGUGGCUAGAGAUAAGCUGAAAAAGAAGAUUGCUACUUACCAAGAGGGAGUUGCAAUACGAAAACAGGAAGUUGAACAAGCAAAAGUAGCUAUGGCUAAAGACGAGGCAGAACUAUCAAAGCUGCAAAGUGACCAGAAAACACUAAAGCGACUUGUUGAACAGCUCAGAGAGCGUAAAGAACAAAUAGAAAAGGCUGAGGAGAGGGAACGGUUACAGAAAGAAAAAGAAGAGCAGGAGAAAAAAGAAGCAGAAGAGAAAGCUAAGCAGGAGAACAGUGGUGGUGAAGACCAGGAGAAAACUAAAGCUGAAGAGGAAGCUAAGAAGGAAAAGGGUGAGGAUGUGGAGGAUGGCAGUGCUGAAGACAAACCUAUAGAAAGUCAACAUGAUGAUAAUGUUGGGAAUUUGGACGAUUCUCAUUCAUACCAGGAUACAGCAGAGAAACAUGAUGACUUAGGUACUAAAGAUGGUAGUAUUGAUACUCCUGAACAUAUAGGGUCUCUGGUUGAUGGUGUACAACAGGAAGCUGUAAAGCAGAAGAAAGAGUCUGUUGCUACAUCUGAACCUGACUUUGAUGGCGGAAGCAAGGUGCCUCAUGAUGAGGUAAUGACUAUCAGAUCACUUUAUUUAUAGAUUCGGCCGCUGAAAGGUAUAGCGUGAUGGUCUGUAAGAACAUUUUUUAUAAGUACAUACUGUGUAAGAAAACAUUACCAGGAUAUGGCUAGAAAGAAAAAUUUGGUCCAAUUUUUAAUUUCACCUCUUUUACAUGAAGCUCUCUUUGGAAAUAUUGUUAUUCUAGAGUAGGAUUCUUUUGUUUAGCCAAAGUUCCUUAUGGAUAUUUAGGGUGCUCCAUCAGGUCCUAGACUGUUGAGGCUACAAUACAAGUUGUGGCACGUAUGAAGUGUAAGCAUGUACUAUCAGUGCUUAAAUAUUUAGGGUGUUCAGAUGCUCAUCAAUAAUAUCUACAUGUGUAGGAUUUUGAUGUAUGCUGCAGAUAAGUGACACAUGACCUUGUUUCUGCAAUUUGUAUGCAGAACGUUAGAGUCAACUAGCUGUCAGUCUGCUGAUCAGGUGGAAGCAACAUUAGUUAACAAAGGAGCCAGAGUAAUAUCCGAAGAAUCAACCUGUUGGUGUUGUGCUUAUGCGGGCGGGGCUGGCCAGAGAUAGCCAAUACAUGGGAACCCUUGGAGAAUCUCCAAUCUGUCUCUGAUGUUAUAGAAGCAUUUGAAAAAAGUGGGCGGUAAAGACGCGGAAAUCAUAUAGCCAAAAUCAAAUUGACGAGGUGUGCAUUGAAGUGGCUGAUUAUAUACAGAGUUUGAUGUAGGACUGUGACUGCCAAGAUGUUUUUUGAGUAAGGCUAGCUAGUUUUGGCUUUGAAGCAAAUCUUGGUGUGGAACUUUUGUACAUUGUUGCUCAUAUGUUUCCAAGCUAGCUUUUGUAAGUUUAAGGGUUUAUUUUCUGAAUUAUGUUGAAUCAUGAAUUUGGAAAGAAAAUUAAUGGAAAGCCCCUAAUUUUGGAUGAUGAGAAAUGCAAU